GAGAGGGGUCCUUCUUGAUGGACAGCGGGGGAUGGAGGCCAGCCCAGCUGCGACAAGUUGCGCUUCCAGCCUCGUUAAAGAGCCUUUCUUGUUGGAAUAUAAGGGCUGGCUGGUUGGCUGGCUUCCAGACAGACCGGGGGGCUAGGAAGGAGACAGGCAUGCUGCGGGGUGCUGGGAAGAGGACGCUUCUAGAAUAUCCUGGCGGUAUGGAGACGUUGCAGAGGACUUUGCUGUGUGUGUUAGUUCUGCUGUUGACUUCAGGAGAGGGGUCUAGUGCGGACGGAUUAUGCGCCGUCUUGAAGGACGAGAUGGAGUCGCCGGCGACGGCUUUCCCGGAGUUGGCAGGGCUGGGCGGUGCUGACUCCCAAUUCUGUUGCAGCACCGCAAAGGUCCACCGAGGCCAGGAGAAAUGUCCUUCCUUUGGCCAGCUGAAGGCUGGCACCCCCAACAGGACAGAGGAAGAAACCACCCGGUCUCCGGCUGCUGAGGAAGCACAAGCCAAGUAUGUCUGGUUCAUCCUCCUAGUGAUUGGUGCUUUAUUGUUUUUUAUCUGUGUUUCCUGCCUUGCUUUCCGUUUCCGGAAUUCAAUGAGAAACUGCAUUAGGCCCAGAGAAAGAAAUGAAGUGCAGUUGGAGCAAGUUCACCUUCCUUGACAGCCUGCUGUCACUGAUGCUCCAUAUGCUGGAGCCUCCAAUGACUAUGCAGUCAUCUUGUCUUCAUCAGCUCUUGUUCCUGAUUCCACCUUGGAAGCUGGAUCUCCUUUUCCAAACAAUGACUGGAGCUCCUCCUCUAAUGUGCAGACUGAGCAAGGCCCUAAACUACAACACUGUAUCCCUAUAGUCAAGUUGCUUUUAGGGUUAUAUAGUGAGCUCAUUUCCUUAUUGAUUAUACUUUUUUAAUGUAUGAACUAGACUACUCCUGAGACACGUAGUGCUUUCUUUGUCCAAAGUUAUUGUUCUCCCGUUUGUGAAAAAUACACAAGUGUGUAUUUUAUGUGUGUAACACAGGUGUUGUAAUAUGCAUGUAAUUAGGGAUUAUUCACUGCACCCCUCUUGUCCCAAUUAAUACUUUAGUUCAGGGGAGGCCAUAGUGAGGAAAGCACCUCAGUUUCCUUACUGCUCUCUUAAGGAGGGGCACUUGUGUUUGAAGGAAUAACAUCAAUACCUUCCCACUGGGCUGGAUCCUCUCAUGCUUUGAAUGCACCUGGACUGCAUGGCAGUAUAUUAAAUGCUGUGCCUUCAGUGACAAAUCCUCCAGUAGGGCAACCCUCCAGAGAAAAUGACAACUUGAAAUGGCUUCUCUGCUUCUGAACAAGAAGACUUGGGUGGGCGCGCAAUGCCUUGCAUGGUGAUGUCCAGCAUGUUGCUUGGAGAGAGGGAGAGGAAGCAAGACCAUCACAAGGGCAUUGCAAAGCCAUUGAGUUUUUCCCUGAUGAAGAGAGCUUGUUGGAUGCUGCCAGCUCCGUAGAGAGGCCACCAAACUAGCAAAGCAUGGAGGUUGUUUGCAGAGUUGGCUUCAGGGACAUUGCCAGUGAAGAAGGAACAAAGUAUUGUUAAAGUGCCGUGUGAAACACUUGGGUAGGGGACUGCUGGGGAAUGUAUUUUGGGUCGUCUUAUGACUAACACACACACAAUCUCCUGGUUUGUAAUUUAACCUCUACAUGUUGACAUGGGCCAAGAGCAUGCCCUAUAGCUCAUGGGGUUAUGUUGCAUAGUACCCCAAUGCUUUUUAAACUUGAACCUUGUAUGACCACUUCUGUGUAUUACUCCUGAAGAGGCAAGCAGCCUGUGUGCCUUCUGCGUCAGAUACUUCUGAGAUCCAAAAAGUUGCUUUUAGCACAUCUAUGUAUGUUUAGCCCUGUCAAUGCAUGCUUUUUAAAUGUAUUUUCCUGUUUUUUCAAUAAAAUUUGUGUAUGUAGCAUUUUGA